CUCCGAAACAAACGAGCUUUAAACUCCUUGUCAACUUGCAGUAUGCAAAGUCAAUUGAAGUUGCUUCGUCAAAUGACUGUGUCUGGCACCUUCAACACCCUCAAAUCCUCCAAUCUCAUCUCCUGGAAAUCUACAGGUAGGCUUCAACAAACCAUAGCUGGAUGCAUAGAGAAGAGUGGCAAGACUUUGCACUCGGGUGAGGUUUCAAAGGUGAAAAUAUUUCCGGGGUUUGCUGGUGAAGGUAGGUACUUCAAAUUUCAAUCAAAAUCGGUGCCUGCAUCCAUUGAUUUCGCCAAAGUAUCACCCUUGUGUACCACACUUUGUAAGGACGGAGUUAGAGUCCGGACUGUUGAGCAUCUGCUGUCUGCUUUGGAGGCUAAGGGUGUUGAUAAUUGCAAGAUUGAGAUCGAAAAUCAGGAUUGUGACAGUCGAGAGGUUGAGGUACCUAUUCUUGAUGGGUCAGCAUGUGCAUGGUUGGAGGCAAUAGAAAAAGUUGGGGUAAAGGAGGCCUUGGAUCAGCAUGGAAACAAUGGCGAAAAAGUUGCUCCAUAUUUGAAUGAACCAGUGCAUGUAUGGAGGAAUGAUUCUUUUAUAGCCGCUUUCCCUUCCCCAAAGGUUCGCAUCACUUGUGGAGUCCACUUUCUUGAUCAGAGAAAGAAUUAACCACAGGUGACACUAUUUG